ACAACACCGCAGUUCAUCAGCCAGUAGCCGAGUAGCCAUUAAAAUUACAAAGUUAGAGUCAAACAAUCAGUGUUGUUAAAAAGAUUGCACUCUAGCCGUCUUUAACACCGGACCAACCCCAAAAAAAAUCAGCAGUGGAUAUUUGAUUUCUAUACACAUAAGAAAAAUGGCUGAAAGCAAAAAAAUAUCAUUUGCUUUUACAAAAUCCAUCAAGAAAUCAACAUUAAAGCAAGUUCCUCAAGAAGAAAAAAAGAUAGAUUAUAUUAAGUGUCUGGAUGCAAAAGCGAUUAAAGUUAUCGGAGAAGAAGAGAAGAAAGAGGAACCUCUUGUUAUUCCACUAUUAGGAACCAAUACAUGGCACAACAGAGUCAUUAAUCAAACAAAUGCUGAUAUUUUUGAAACAAAACCAUCUGAUAAAAAUGCCGACAAGCAGAACAUAAUCAUUAAGAAAGAACCAUCAGAAGCAUCUAAUGAACAUGUAACAUCAGUUAAUAAAGAUAGUUCUAGUAUAAAAAUAAAGAAAGAACUUCCUGAUGAAAAUGAAGAAAAAACUCUUACAUUAGAAGAACAGGCAGCGCAAGAAAUUAUGAAAGAUCUGGAGUUAAAGAAGGAAAAAAGUGAUUUAACUCUACCUUUGGUAGAGGAUACUUUAAGAGGUGUGGAGGAAAGCACACUAGAAGAUUACGAAAAGAUUCCAGUAGAUGCAUUUGGCCUCGCUAUGUUGCGAGGAAUGGGUUGGACACCUGGGAAAGGCCUUGGUAAAAAUGAGAAAGUUGUGGUACCACUUGACCCUGUAUUACGACCAAAAAUACUUGGUAUCAGUAAAUUAGCUUUUCACAAAACAAACGAGAAAACUGAACAAGAAGAAAAAGAAUUACGUCUGGAAAGAGCCAGUUAUGUGAAAAUAAUUGCUGGGCGAUGGGCAAAUGCGUAUGGUCAAGUAGAAGGUUUUGAUCAAGAUACAGGAAGAGUAAUGGUAAAAAUGGCUUUGAACAAUAACAUCAUUUCUGUAAAUGAAGAUUUAGUUCAACUAGUAACGAAAGCGGAGUAUUUGAAAAAUUCUAAAGUUCUCACAUUGCGCUUGGCGCUGAUUCAGCUAGCCGUCGGCGACGACAAGGCGUCGAAUAUCUCGCGAGCUCGUUCUUUCAUUGAGCGCGCGAAACAGGAACGUGCCGAUAUCGUGACGCUACCAGAAUGUUUCAAUUCGCCAUACGGACCAUCUCACUUUGCCAAGUACGCCGAGAGCAUUCCCGACGGUGAUUCGUGUGCGAUGUUAUCCGAAGCGGCGAGGAAUAACAAUAUCUACGUGAUUGGCGGUACGAUACCGGAGAGAGAAAACGGUAAAUUGUACAACACUUGCACCGUGUGGGCACCUGACGGAAAGCUCGUGGCCAAGCAUAGAAAAUUGCAUUUAUUCGACAUCGAUAUUAAAGGGAAAAUCACUUUUCGCGAGAGCGAUUCGCUAUCGCCCGGCAAUUCUCUUACUAUUUUCGAAGCGAAAGGUUGCAAAAUUGGCAUCGGCAUUUGUUACGACAUCAGAUUCGAGGAAUUGGCACGGAUAUAUAGAAACAGAGGUUGCCAAAUGUUGAUAUACCCGGCGGCAUUCAACAUGACCACCGGACCGCUGCAUUGGUCGUUGCUGCAGCGUUCCAGAGCAAACGACAAUCAAUUAUAUGUUGCAUGUGUAUCACCGGCACGUGGUUCGCCGCCUGGAUACGUUGCUUGGGGGCAUACUCAAUUAACCAACCCUUGGGCAGAAAUACUUGGCGAAUUGGAUGCCGAGGAGGAUAUGAUGGUUCGGGAUAUAGAUUUGAAAGUUGUGGAUGACGUUAGAGCGCAAAUUCCGACGUUCAAUCAACGUCGCACUGACUUGUACGACACCGUUUGGAAAAAGAAAGAUUGAAAAGAAACUUUUUCACACGUUAUCAAUAAGGCAUUUUUUUUCAUGCCGACGAAUUGUACGAAUAGGCAUUUCAAAUUUUUUACUUUGAUAUUUCGUCGUGUGUUGGAAACACACAUGGAAGCGUAUACAUGUAUGCACUUCAUAAAUUAGCAAGAUCCGGUGAAUAAACUUUAUUAAUUUGCAACAUUCUUUGGUAUAUCAAUUCUUGCUUUUUUUUUUUGGUCUUAAACGUACUUACACCUUUAUCCACUAUCGAUACAUCUACGAAAGACGACGGGUAUGACGUAAACUCUUCGUUAAUUCAAAAAGUCACAA